AUGUAAAUUCUUUUUACUCCAGGACCUCUCUUGACAACUAAAACUGUAAAAGAAGCUGCUCUAGUUGAUAUGGGUUCAAGAGAUCCCAAAUUUAUUUCAAUUAUUCAAAAUAUAAGAUCAACCUUAUUGAAAUUAUCAAAUGUUGAUGAAAAAGACUAUACAGCAGUACUUCUAUAAGGAAGUGGUACAUAUGCUAUUGAAGCUACAUUUCAUACAGUUUUAAAAAGAGAAACUGAUAAGUAAUCAUUUAAUUAUAGAAUAUAGAGUACUUGUAGUUUCUAAUGGUGCAUAUGGAGAAAGAUAAGCUAAAAUAUUAACUGCAAUAAAUAAGUAAUUUGUCAAACUCACAUAUGAUGAAAACCAAAAAUGUGUAGUAGAUGAUAUCAUUAAAACUAUUGAAAAUGAUCCAACUAUUACUCAUUUGAGUAUGGUACAUUCUGAAACAACUUCAGGAAUCAUUAAUGACAUUGACUUUGUUCAUAGAUUAAGUAGAAGAGUUGUAUUCAUUUUGGAUGCUGUCAGCUCAUUUGGAGCCUAUGAAAUUCCAAUUUCCAAAUUAAAUAUAGAUUUUUUAAUAUCCACAAGCAAUAAAAAUAUUUAAGGUUUGCCUGGAUUUGCUUUUGUCAUUGCAAAUAAAUAAAUAUUAUCUUAAUGCAAAGGGAAUGCUGCUUCAUUAGUGCUUGAUCUCUAUGAUCAAGAAGAAUAUAUGAUUAAAACAUAAUAAUUCAGAUUUACACCUCCUACACAUGUAUUGAGAUGUUUUGAAUGUGCUCUCAAAGAAUUUGAAGAAGAAGGUAGUAUCAAAGGAAGAUAAAAGAGAUAUACAGAAUUAUAAUAAUAUUUAUCUUAAUAAAUGUAAAACUUAGGAUUUAAGUUAUUUGUUGAUCCUAAAGAUUAAGGUUGCAUUAUUACUACAUUCCUCUUUCCAAAAGAUCCUAAAUUUAAUUUUAAUUGUAAUAAAUAAUUUAAUAUUCAUAGAAUUUUAUGAUUACCUUGCAGCUAAAAAUCUCAUCAUAUAUCCAGGUAAAAUGACUAAAGCAGAAACCUUUAGAAUUGGUUCUAUUGGUGCAUUAACUAUGUAGAAUAUGGAAUAAUUAAUUGAGGCCAUUAAAACAUUCAUAGCAGAAACAAAUUUAUAAGUUUAAUGAG